CAACUGACAACUGGGGCCAAACCUCCGGCCUCUGCAACAGGUGUCCGCGCCUCAGCCCAGCCAGAGACGUACUGCCGCCGCGGGGACAUACACCUCUCUCCGUGCACCGACCUCGUUUAUACCGGCCUUUUUUUUCCCCUUUGCACAACUUUAUUUUUCACUUAUUAUUCACUUUGCAUCAUGCACUCGGCACAGAAAGACACCACCUUCACCAAGAUCUUCGUUGGAGGUCUUCCUUAUCACACCACCGACUCGAGUCUCCGAAAAUAUUUUGAGGUGUUUGGGGACAUCGAGGAGGCGGUUGUGAUCACAGAUCGGCAGACGGGAAAGUCCAGAGGUUAUGGAUUUGUCACUAUGGCAGACCGGGCCUCUGCUGACCGAGCCUGCAAGGACCCCAACCCCAUUAUAGAUGGAAGGAAAGCCAAUGUGAAUUUGGCAUACCUGGGGGCUAAACCUAGGGUCAUACAGCCAGGGUUUGCAUUUGGUGUACCUCAGAUCCACCCAGCAUUUAUUCAAAGACCAUAUGGGAUUCCUGCGCACUAUGUGUACCCUCAGGCCUUUGUCCAGCCCAGUGUGGUCAUCCCUCAUGUCCAGCCCAGCGCAGCUUCUGCCACAGCUGCUGCUGCCACUUCUCCAUAUCUGGACUACACAGGAGCCACUUACGCCCAGUACUCUGCAGCCGCUACUGCUGCUGCUGCAGCUGCUGCGGCCUAUGAGCAGUAUCCAUACGCCGCCUCUCCGGCUCCAACCAGCUACAUGACCACAGCGGGAUACGGGUACGCUGUUCAGCAGCCCCUUGCCACGGCCGCCACACCAGGGGCUGCUGCAGCCUUCAGCCAGUACCAGCCUCAGCAGCUCCAGUCCGAUCGCAUUCAGUAAAACUGUUUUAAUGCAGUUUAUAGUAUAGAAAGUAGGAGCUAGUGCUCCUUCUACCAAAGAGUUUGGACAAUCUCUGGAGAGUCACUGAACAUUUUACUCAGCUGGAAGCUGUAUUUCAUCACCAGUACAUGUGUAACAUAUUUAAUAUUUAUUUACUGGUAAAUUAUUUAAUUUAAUUUCAGAAUAUGAUGAGUUUUGUUAACUCAAACCUCUGAAUUAAUUUAUGGUAUUUAAAGUAUAGUUAUGGACACAUGUUAUACAUCAGGCUUCAUCCCAUAGCUUCAAUCUUAAGGAUAAUUUCCUCUGAUGGUUUUAGUUGCUGAUGGUUUUAGGUUAUUGAAUUACAAGUGUAUGUCAGUGUUAAGUAUAUUAUUUAAUAUGAAGUGGCAUAUAAUAUUAUUACACAUUCUAUUGGCAACAGCACCAAUUGCCUUGAUGUUUCCCUUUAAUUUCAGCUGAAGUUUAAGCUGUUAUUCAGCUCACUGUAUGUAAAAUGUACAUUUUGACAAUGCACUUCUGACCGAAUGUGCCUUUUAAAUUAGACUAUUUAUGUAUUUAUUAUGAGCCUUUCAGAAACAAAACCUUGUGUUCAGACAGCCCUCUGUGUAAGGGUUAGUCCCGGCUGUUGUAAACCAGGAGCACAAAAACAAAGCUUUAAUAUGUAUAAACAACAACAUGUAGUUAUUUUCUCUUUUCUGUAGCCUACCUUUUCUUAGUGAAAUUCUUAAUCCUUUUACAACUCUUUUUAUACUGUAUGUGAAACUAUUGUGAACUAUUUCAAUGUUUUAAAAGCACGGUCAUCUUACACCUUGCUCUUGGUAAUGCAUGACAAAAACAAUGGGUAUUUUGUUAAAUAAAAGAAAGUGUAUUCAAA